GGUGGAGUUUUCCUCAAAGGUGUGGAUCAAACGAGUUAGAAAACAUGAUUUUUUCUAGAUUUAUUCUAUUUAUUUAUUAUAAAUUUAGGUAUCUAGGUCUGUCUGGAGACCGGUAGUCAGAGUAGCUGUCCUCUAGCUGAGGGGAACAUGGUCUUUGAUUAGGAGGGGAAAUAUUACUGGAGAUUGAUGGUUUCUUUCUAAAACUAGGGCAGGCUGCAGAGGUUUGAAGAGGCGGGUGCUAGUUUUUGGAUCAGGGACCUCCCCCCGGCGCCCAGAGCUGCUCCCAGAAACUCUGCAACACGCUCUUGUUUUUGUUUUUUUUCCUUUUCCUUUCCGUGGCCAAAACCUGGAGACGACAGGGCUCGACCUGCCAGCCUCUCGGGUUUUGCUCCAGACUCCGUGCGUCACGACUUUACGCACGGGAUCGAGCUAGAAAAACGGCUCCUCCGUGCCUUUUUACGCAUCUCAAACCGGAAGGAAGACAUGUAGAGCUUCAGUCUUGCUCGUGAGUUCUUCGUUUUUCCUCUCUUUUUUUGUUUUUGGUGAGUGCAGCGUGGACAUAGCGGAGUUUUUGCCGGAAUGUGUCUGGAGUUUCCCUCCGUUUGAAUCCCCGGGACCGCGAUGCUCCGGAAAACUCCUGGACGGUAACCUGCGCGCAGGAGAAGCCGAUUCCCCCGGUUAAAGAGAGGCUCGCAGCGCAGAGAUGCCGCGUUGGAUCCGGGUCCCGGUCCCGGUCCGGGUCCUGGUCCUGGUCCUGGUCCCGGUCCUGCUGCACCUGGUCCCGGUGUCCCCGGUGGUCCGGAAGAGGGCCUCCCGGACCCGGGCCUGCCUGGACCUUCCGGAGGAGAUCCUGGAGCAGAUGUUCGGGCGGCUGUCCGUGGGGGUGAUGAGCGCCUUCCACCACGCGCUGCAGCUGGAGCCGCAGCACGAGCUCAACCUCACCUGCCCCACCACCGCGCAUGCGCACACCGACGGAAAGGGAAAGGCCCGCGUGCCGGUCAACCUGCUGAGCGUGUCCCCCUGGGCCUACAGGAUCUCCUACAACCCUUCCCGGUACCCGCGGCGCAUCCCGGAGGCCUACUGCCUGUGCGAGGGCUGCCUGCUGGGGCCGAGGGGCGCCCAGAGCCCCCGAUUCCAGAGCCAGCCGGUCUACGCCCCCGCCGUGGUGCUCCGGAGGACCGGGGCCUGCCUGGGCGGGCGCCACGCCUACGCAGAGGUCUACGUGUCCGUGGCGGUGGGCUGCACCUGCCUGCCGAGGCCCGACCACCAGAACCAGAACCAGAACCAGCAGCAGCUGGACCGUCGCCGUGGCAACCACACCCCCGACAGGAGGAGGAUGGAGCCCAGGACCCAGCAGCUUGAGUUCUGA